AUAGAAUUUAUAUCGAGGAGGUAUAUGAUAAUUUUUGGUUGAAAGAAGACUACAAAAAAUAGAAAACGAACAUAAAAUUCUGUAAAGAAAACCCUUUUUCAUUGUCUUUAUGGCCGCGAAGAUUCCUCCAAGUAAUCUUUUCUUAUCAACAAUAUUGACAACUCCAUCGCACGUGGCAAUCAAGCUCUCGCACGUGCAAGGACAAUCACAGCUGUCCCCAUCAACUUUCAACAGCUGUAAAAACAGAGCAUUUAUCGUGAUGAAUACCAGCUCUCCAACUGCUCCACAAUUCUCAGUUGAUCGGAAAAUGGAAGAUUCCAUGGAUGUCACCAAGCUUCGCGGUGAAUUUCUUCAGGUUCUUCGCAGCCGUCGAACGGCAGAAGUUCCUCUUUCUGUUGAACCUGCUCAACCUGUGCGAGAUCCACUGUAUCAGGAAACUCCAAAGCCAACCUUCAGCAAGACAAUGGAGUCUACUCCAAAGAAAGAUAUUCUGAAUUUCAAAGAGCUUCUUCAGGAGGAGAAUUUGUACCUGAUUACUGAGGAAGGGGAUCAAGGGCGUCUGCCAGUUUUGAUAUUGAGUAUGAAAGAAAGCAGUGGAAAAAGAAGACCAGCAAUUGUCUUUCUACAUAGCACAAAUAAAUGCAAGGAGUGGCUGCGACCUUUGCUUGAGGGAUAUGCUUCAAGGGAUUACAUAGCAGUAGCCAUUGAUUCUCGAUAUCAUGGAGAGCGUGCCAGCAGCCUGACUACCUAUAGAGAUGCUCUGGUGUCAUCAUGGAAGAAAGGCAAUACGAUGCCAUUCAUAUUUGAUACGGUGUGGGACUUGAUAAAAUUGGCGGAUUAUCUAACUCAAAGGGAGGAUGUCGACCCGUCUAGGAUAGGAAUUACUGGCGAAUCACUUGGAGGAAUGCAUGCAUGGUUCACUGCUGCUGCUGAUACUCGCUAUGCAGUGGUUGUUCCUAUAAUUGGUGUUCAGGGAUUCCGAUGGGCAGUUGAACAUGACAAGUGGCAAGCUCGAGUUGACAGUAUCAAGGCUGUAUUUGAAGAAGCACGUGUUGAUUUAGGCAAGAGCACUAUUGAUAAAGAAGUAGUGGAGAAGGUCUGGGACAGAAUAGCUCCUGGUUUGUCCUCUCGGUUUGAUUCGCCUUACACAAUUCCUGCCAUUGCUCCACGUCCUCUCCUGAUUUUAAAUGGCAAAGAAGAUCCUCGUUGUCCAGUUGAUGGCUUGGAACUCCCAGAAUCAAGAACCAGAAAAGCUUACGAAGAUUCCAAUUGUCUUCACAAUUUCGAGGUGGCAGCAGAACCAGGAAUUGGGCAUCAAAUGACACCUUUGAUGGUCAAAAGAGCCAGUGAUUGGUUCGAUAAGUUCCUUAAACUGUAAGGUUGACUUUGUAUAUUGUUUCUAUAUGUUGUCUCUUAAAGAUAUUGAAAUAUUGUCGUUAUUAUUUUAAUAAUAGUGUGAUGUGUAACUAAUAGAAGUCUUUCCUUUUGUAAUUAAUGCUGCUAUUCUUUA